CAGGAAAAGCGCUUUAUAAAUAGUAUGCCUUCAAAGCCAUCAACCAGGGAGGACUGACCUCCGUAGCGAUCAGAGGAAAGGACUGUGUUGUGGCUGUCACACAAAAGAAAGUUCCAGACAAGCUAUUGGAUGCGAUGACGGUCACACAUCUGUAUAAAAUUACAGAGAACAUUGGCUGUGUUAUGACUGGCAUGACUGCUGACAGCAGGUCUCAGGUGCAGAGGGCUCGGUACGAAGCGGCUAACUGGAUGUAUAAGUACGGCUAUGAGAUCCCUGUGGACAUGUUGUGCAAACGCAUGGCAGACAUCUCUCAAGUCUACACACAGAACGCAGAGAUGAGGCCCCUAGGCUGCUGUAUGAUCUUUGUGGGUCUGGAUGAAGAGUUGGGUCCUCAGCUGUAUAAGUGUGAUCCAGCCGGAUACUACUGCGGCUUUAAGGCCACCGCAGCCGGAGUCAAGCAGACUGAGGCCACCAGCUACCUGGAGAAGAAAGUCAAGAAGAAACUGGAUUGGACUUAUGAGCAGACCAUAGAGACGGCUAUCUCAUGCCUGGCCACCGUUCUGUCCAUCGACUUCAAGCCCUCUGAGCUAGAGGUGGGAAUUAUCACUACAAAAGGAUCUGGAUUCAAGAUUCUGUCAGAGAAUGAGAUCGAUGUCCACCUGGUGGCUUUGUCUGAGAGAGAAUGAUGAGAUUCUGAAAAGGAUGAAUGGCAACAUCAGAAAAACCCCCACCUCCUCCUCUGCAAAAAGGUCUCGCCUACAGGGAAUGAGUUGGUAUCAUCUUGUUCCAAAGAGGUGGCGGUUGAAAUACAAAGAUAAACAGUUAUUAGCAGGUGGGUGGAAACGUUACCCAUCUGCACCAACACCUCCUUUAGCAUCGUCUCUGACUGGACACGAUAUUCUCCACAUAUCCACCCCUCCUGUAUUUUCUGGAAAGAUGCGGAACAUUCACAUCAGUACCACCACACCAGUCUGAUAUCUCCUCCUCUGUCUGGAUGGAGCCCAAACGACUUUAGUUGAUGAGUGCGACAUGAGCAGAUUGAAAAGAUGGGGGAUAGUAACACGACAACAACAACAGCAGCACAAUAACCUCUCAAUACCUCUUAGUAUAGAGCAGUGAAGGAUUGAGUCCUAAAACCCGGGAACGAGCAAGCAUUUUUGGAAAACAAAACGUGUUUCUAUUUAGAUGCCUGAAAUAAGGUCUGUGGUUAAUGAAGGUUUCCAGAAUAUUCACGUUAGUAGUUCACUUUUAUGAAUCCUAAAAAUGGCUGUUGACUAAAAGCAGCUAAAACUACCAAACGUCAUUUUGCUGAACAUUAGCCGCCUUUAGCUUAGAGUGAGUGAUGCGCAGUGAUUGCUUGAAUGUUUAGAAAAUCAUAAAGUUGUUGUUAAUCUGUGGAGAUUAUCCUGCUGUGCAAAACGUGUAAGUAUCAAACGUUUGUCUGGAAUAAAUUCUAUGGGUAUACUAUACAAUCUUUCAGGAUUUUCACGUUUUGAUCUAGGACAUAAAAUACGUCAAUAAAUACCCGACUUGUGAAUGCCCGGAGCUUCUACGUGUAAAAAAACUGCGUUUGCUAACAAGUUGCUGAACGAGGCUAUUAAACGUCAUCAAGAAGAAAAUUAGCCGCCUUUAGUUUAGCGGUAUUCAACUAACUGUCAUGUAGUUUGUUUAAAGCCUAACGUUAGCUUUUUUACUUAUUGCGAUUGCAUUUAUGACUCAAAAAUCAUUAAAGUUGUGUUGAUAUUUGGAGAUUAUCCUGCUGAAGAAAGCAAGUAUCAUAAACACAUUAGCCACAGAUCUUAUUUUAUUUAUGUUCCAAAAGCCGAUGGAAAAAAUCGGCUUUUGCAGAGGGAGCCGUUGCGAUGCUAACUUCGGGUUCAGCCUACAAAAAUACGUCACCACUGCACCAUUUUUUACAUAGCUUCUUGAGUCACUGUAUUUCAACAGUGCUUCCAAACUUUACUCAGGGCUGCCACAUACAUUAUUUUGAUCUAAAUUAAAGUGCCACCCCCUCCUCUCCACUGUUUUGUAGUUCCAGGGUGAUUUCUAUGCUCUGAUUUAGUAUGGUCACCCCUGUCUCACCCUAAAUCAGAGCAUAGAAGUCUGCUCAGGUCAACAGGAAGUCGCUAAUUAUUUCAUUCUCUCCCCUUGUGUCUCAACCCCCCUUCUCUCUGCUGCCAUUGUUGUAAAUUGCACUUCUAAUAAACACAAUGUUUUUAUUGAACAUC